ACCUCACUUGUCCCAAAAUCCAAGCUUCUCUAUCUCUUCUUGCAUCUUCAAGCUCUUUUUCUUCCCAUAGUGAGCUCCAGAGUACAUCAUCCCAUAGUCUGCUUUUGCUCAAGAGAACAUUUUUAGAUCUCGCCACUUCCUAUCUCAUUUCAGUUUUCUGAACUCGUUUUGGGGAGGUGGUGGGUGAAUUGAUCAGUCUGUUCUACAGUAGUAUUUUUACUUUUGGUGGGAUACAGUAGCUUUUUCUUGAGACAAGUUCAACUAUAUAUAUAUCUUAUCAUUCCCAGUGAUUAGUUUCUACAUAUUUCCAGCUGUCUUUGGUAGAUUUGGCGGUGGUGGGUGGCCAUGGAAUCUGCAGAAUGCUAUGACGAGCUUUUAUUGGGAUCAGCAGCGGCAGCAGAGCAGGCAGGCAGCAGCAGUGUUUCAUCCUUUUAAUGAAUAGCUUCAAUAGCAGCAGGAAGAAGCAACCAUAACAGCAGAAAAAGAAAAGAAAAUAGAGCUUUGCCUUGAAGAAAUUGAACACCUUUCAUCCUUUUUUCCUUUUUCUUUCUUAACCUUGGAAGAUUGGGGAAUCUGGAUUUCCAGAGAAACCAGCAGCAGAAUUCUGUCUACCAAUUUCCUGAUCUGAGACCCCAAGAAGAAGAGCAGCAGCAGCAGCAAAAUCUAGCCUCCACGAUUCCACAGUACCACCACCACCUUCAAUUUCUACAGCAACACUAUGGGGAAGAAGCAGCCGUAAACAUUAGCUCCUCCAAUCCAACGGAGCUGCAGCUAGAGCAAGAACCCAACAACCCAGAACCAACCACUGAUUAUGUGAAGAGCAGGCGGGCGCAGAGAUCAAUGGGGACCAAGGGCGGCGGAGGAGGAGAGAUUAUUCAAGUCCAAGGAGGCCACAUUGUUCGCUCCACGGGCAGGAAAGACCGUCACAGCAAGGUCUACACCGCCAAAGGUCCCAGAGACCGCCGGGUCAGGCUCUCUGCCCACACCGCCAUCCAAUUCUACGAUGUGCAGGACCGCCUCGGCUACGACCGGCCCAGCAAAGCCGUCGAUUGGCUCAUCAAGAAGGCAAAAUCCUCCAUCGACAAACUGGCCGAGCUUCCUCCCUGGCAUCCCACCGCCGCCGCCGCCGACAGCGCUAAUGACGAGGAGGGUUUGGAAUCCGAACACAACCCCAGGGAACUGGACAUGGCAGAGCAAUCGGAGUCCUCUGGCUACGGCUUUCAGCUUCACCGGCAAUUGGGAGGCGAGAACGUCGGCAACCACUCCGCGCCGCCGUCGUUCCUUCAGAUAGAUCCCGACGGGAUUCCCGAGACCAUGAAAUCCUUCUUCCCCACCAGCUCGACCACCUUAUCCAUGAAUUUCCAGAGCUACCCACCCGAUCUAAUGUCCAGAACAGCCAAUCACAGCGAGGAUCUGGGCUUAUCGCUUCACUCGUUUCAAGACCAGGCCCUGAUUCCCCACGCCCAAUCCCACCAGCAGCAGCCGGAUACGGGUAAUACCCGACCGGGUACCCACCACAGCCUGUUCCAGACCGGGUCGGGCGGGUUCGAUGCGAAUUUCCAGAGAAUGGUGGCUUGGAGCGCCGAAUCGGGCGGCGGGAGCAGAGGUGACGGCGGCGGUGGUGGAGUGUUCGGAUUCAAUAAUAAUCCGCAUCAUCAUCAACUGUCGCCGCAUGCAGCAUUGAUGAUAGGCCAAGGUUCGUCGGGUUUGUCAUCUCAGAGGAGUCCCCUUCAGUCCAGUGGGUUUGUGCAGUCGAUUCGCGCUUGGAACGAUCUUCCGAUGGGCGCGGCUGCAGAGAACCAUCACCCACACCACCACCACCACCAACAACAACAACACAACAGCAGCAGCAGCAACCAGAGAGCCCACGAGUUCCAUCAGUCGCUGCUGUUCGGGAGCCGGUUUCUCGGGUCGGAAGGGAUUCAUGGGUUCCGCAUUCCGGCCAGGAUACACGGCGAGGAGGACGGCAGCGUCGUUUCUGACAGGGCGCCUUCCUCCGCUUCUCCCCGUUCAGCUGACCACUGAACUCUCUUCCAAUCACUUGAAGAAAUUAAAACAGAAAUUGGAAAAGGAAACCCACUUGCAUGCUUCUGCCAAGUUCCAGGUAAUUAAAUCCUAACUACCACCUCCCUUCUUCCAUUCAUAACUGUCCAUGCUAUUUGGUGAGUAGUUUAGUAACUAUAUUAGCUCUUUUUAAGAAAUAUUUUACAAUUGAUACACAGUUGUUUGUUUCUUGGUUGCUUUACCUCUUUUCCUAGGACACUAUGAGUCACGAAACAGGAAGAAGUAGAGGCGUUGCUGUGUGUGGGAUUAACUUCAGUGAGUUUGGCUUUGUAGGAAGUUUCAGAGGAAGGAGAAAAAAGGAAGACUUGGAGGGGAAUGAUCAUAGCUCUCUCUGUUUGUUGUUGUAUCUGUUUGUCUUGCAUUGCAUGUAGGUGGUGAGCUCUUCUCCCUCCAGAUUCCGAGGGAGUGGUUUGUUUUUGGUUUUACAAUUAAUUAAGCUUUCUUGUUAAGUGGGCACUCUUCCUGAUUUUCAGAUAACAUUUGGGAAAUACUGUUUUUGUUGUCUGUUCAAUUUGGCAUUCUGUUGUGUUGUGGGAUUGUUACACAUUUUGUAAUGUUGUCAAGUGAUAUUCUCGGCUGCUAAUUUAGAUUGAAAUGGAUGCACAUGUCGCCCACUGUUGCUGUCUUGUCUUGUCAUCGUCGAAAACUCGUCAGUACUCAACUUGCUUUUCUUUUGGUUUCGCAAAGCUUGGUAGUUAAGUUAACAAUGAGGGAGCGCUGUUGAUUAAUAAAAGCCAGCAGCUAUUAACAACUAUACAAGAUAUGGUCAUACUCAUAUGGUGCCGUGCUUCGCAGCGGGCCACCAUCGCCAUCGGAUUACUUGUCAAGCCCACGCUUUUAUGACUUUUGAUAGUGGGCAAAAGUGGGUUAGGCCCACUGUUAAUAGUUAUUUUGUUCCCUUUGAUAUAUGUGCCAAGCAUGGAAUUAAUUUCGGUAAAUAAUAUGUUUUAGUUAAACCUUUUUCAUAUUCUAAAAUAUUAGUCAAAUUUAUGAAAAUUUAAAUAAUUAGCCAUCCGUUAAUUUGUUGAACAAAUUUCCGUUAAUUGAUGCUGAGGUGGCAUAUUGAGUGUUGAGUUGGAAUGUUGUUGUGAUGUUGUUAAUCUUUAAUAAUCAUUUAAUAUCCUUUUAGUGUCUGAGCUUGUCAGGGAUUAUCAUAGGCUAGAGCAAAUGUGUCUUCUAAGUGUGUGGUUAACAUCGACAUCAUGAAGGCAUUUGACUCUGUAAAUUGGGACUUUCUUUUUUCAAUCAUGACUGCCAUGGGAUUGCCGGGGGUUUCUUACUUCUAGUCAAGGCUUGUAUUACAACUCCUCUUAUUAGUGUUGCCAUUAAUGGGGGUCUUUGUGGGAAAAUCUGAGCAAAGAAGGGACUUAGACAAGAGGGCCCUCUGCCCCUUACUUGUUUACUGUUGCUAUGAAAUUUUUUUAUUGUCUGAUUAAGAAGGCAGUAUAUGAAGGCCAGAUACCUUAUCGUCCGAGGCGUAAGCCUUUAGAGAUUACUCACCUUUGUUUUGCUGAUGACAUGAUGGUCUUUACAAACGGGUCAGUGAGAGGAGUAGCAGAGAUUACAAGGUUAUUAGAAGAAUUCUAUAGACAUUCAGGUCUUUAAAAUGCAACUCAACAAAGAGUUGAUUAUUCUGUGCAGGUAUUCCAAGAGGGGAAAUAGAGGCUAUUUUUGCAU